CUCCUGCACACUCAUACACAAAACACCGAGACAUUUCAUCAAAACAUUUGGCGCGCAAAAAAAACCACUACAAUUGAAAAGUAUACGGAAAAUUGCUGAGCAUGGUGAGGCGAUCGCAAGGAGAGGUUCACGGACGGAUCGUAGGCGCGAGUAGUAGUCCCUCUGAGCCACUGAGUCGCCUUCGACUCGCCGACUCGGGCCUUCUCGAACGGGUGCGCCGUGUUCAAAACCCGUAUGGCCGCUUCCACUAAGCUCUCGUUUUCGCUCUUAUUUUAUUAUUUGCCAAACAGGGCUUUAGCCUAUACCGAAUUUGUUGAAUUUGAACGAAGUCCGAACCAAAUAAUUUGCCAAUCAGGGCCUGCUUUUGGAGGUAAUUUCAUUUCUUUCACAAUCGUCUGUGUGCGCCUGCUGCUUCGGCGACUCGAGCUUCGCAGGGACGAUGAGUCUGCACGCGGGGACGAAGGCGGAGUCGACUCACCACCGACUCUACGAGUUCGCAAAAGCUGCACUCACCAGAAUCUUCGUCCACCCUUACGCCACGGUGUGCGAAUUGUACUGCGGCGGAGGAGUCGACGCCGAGAAGUGGGACGAUGCUCAAAUCGGCCAUUACAUCGGAAUCGAUAUUUCGUCGUCGGGAAUAAGCCAGAGAAGAGAAGCGUGGGAGAGCCAGAGGAAGGCUUACACUGCUGACUUCUUUGAGCUUGACCCUUGCAUGGAAGAUGUAGAGAUGCAUUUGAAAGAUAAGGCAAACACGACUGAUUUAGUUUGCUGCUUGCAGAAUUUGCAGAUGUGUUUCCAAACUGAGGAGAGAGCAAGGAAACUAUUGCUUAAUGUGUCAUCCUUAUUGAAACCGGGGGGUUAUUUUUUUGGUAUUACUCCUGACUCAUCUACAAUAUGGGCAAAGUACCAGAAGAAUGUUGAAGCAUACCACAAUAGAAGUGGUGGCAUGAAACCGAACAUUGUCCCCAAUUGCAUUAGAUCAGAGAACUACACGAUUACCUUUGAAGUUGAGGAAGAGAAGUUUCCUAUAUUUGGAAAGAAAUACCAACUGAAAUUUGCUAAUGAUAUCUCUCCUGAAAGUCAUCACUUGGUUCAUUUCCCAAGCUUUAUCAGGUUAGCCAGAGAAGCUGGUCUUGAGUAUGUGGAGAUUCAAAACUUAACUGAAUUUUACGAUGACAACAGAGCACAAUUUGCAGGCAUGAUAAUGAAUUCCUGUUCAAACCUUGUGGAUCCUCGAGGAAGACUUCUUCCUCGAUCAUAUGAUGUAUUAGGUUUAUAUACCACGUUUAUAUUCCAAAAGCCGGACCCUGAUAUUACUCCCCCGCUCAUGACACCAGUGCUGCACGAUGUAACGUACAUUCAAGAUGAGAGAGAGUGGCAAGUGCCAGUGACGACUAUCUGGAGAGAUGACGAAAAGACCGUACCAGUAGAGCCGCCUCCUGGGCUGGGAAAGAUUAGUGAACAAAAAGGGAUUUUGGGUCCAGGCCCUGCUGAGUUGCGUUUUUCCGAGGCACUUUGACCUGGUGAUUGAGGGAUGCAAGACGAACGUGCAUGGAAGGACUGAUUAUUAACAUACAGGAACCCGCGUUUUUGGCGUAAAGACAUUGUAAGAGUAACAGUAGUGUGUCCUGUUUAGAUGAUUUUUUUUUUUUUCUUUUCGUGUGGGGUUAUCGUCUUGGGUGACAUUGUUAAGAUCUGGUAGAUUUUGUAAACUAGGUUAAGCUGAUGAAUGGAAUGAUUUUAUGAUUUGGAAAUAUUGUAUGAUGCUGAUGUUGUCGUCUC